AAGAACAACGAACAGCGACAACAAGUAGAACACGACCCCAAGUUACUCUCGAAAAGAAAUUUGUUUCAACAUUUACUGCUAAGUAGAGUAAGUACUACUAAAAAUUAUACCACCCCCUGCAAGGCAUAUUCAGUACAAAAUUUUUUCUCACCUUGCAUUGCUGCAACAAGUUGUAGACGUCAAAGCAAUUUCAGCACUUCACAAGUAAGCCGGAAGUAGAGCAGGAUAGAAAUUUGUACCUCGUCGACUAGAUCAACUACUCCUUUUUUUUGUGGUGUUCGGCAAUACAACAUCAAUCUACUUCUACUUUAUCAUCAAAAGCCGUCGUCUGGGUGGUCCUCAUCGCCUGCGACCCCUACACACCAGAAGGAGCUCUUCCACAGUUGGACGAACAGUUCGUGGACAGCAGUCCUCCGCAGCAGCGACUAGUUACACUCCUGCUCCGCCCUUCAUCAUCAACCGGCGACACGACAUCAGGUACAAGUACACUACGGAUAUUUUUUGUAGUCGAGUUUAUUUUGACUUUACGUUUUAUUUUACAUGUGCGCAUUCAUUCUAUCCUAGUCCUACUGCCAUUGAAGAUUGGCGGGUACAACUUCCUCUUCUGCAAAUGAAUAUGGUGCACCUGCUCUUGUGAUCCGGCCGAGCACGGACUUCUUGAUCCUGGCCUCGACAAGUAAAAGGCUUAAAUUUUUGUCAUGCAUUUUUACAAUCUGUUAUCUAUCAGGUGAAGAAGAUGAAUAAGGCGAAACAGGCGAAGGUGCUGCGGGACAGCUGUGCCAGGGCGGCCCCCGCCCGGGGCAGGUCCUCGUUCCCGAAGAAGUUAGCUGGCGCUGCGUUGUUCGCGCACAGCCAGACGGGGUGUGCACCAGGCGCGCACGGGUUUGAGGUGUUGCUCACCAACCGGAAGAAGGAAAAUAAGGUGCACCUCGGCAACAUGAAGAAGGAGAAUGUUGUAUCGCGAGGGAAAAUCUUCACCCCUCCCCAUACUCACAAUGCAAAUUUGUGAUGUUAAUUUGUGAGACCACAAAUCUAGUCAGCUUUGUCUUGCAUAUGAGGCAUCAAAUAGGAGGCGUGUGGCGUAUUGCACAGCCAAGCUGUCAUGCGCUUUUGCCUACUGCAUCUGCAAAGCUGUCUGUCAUGCCUGAGUGCUAAGUAGACUUUUGCAUACCUAAUCAGGCUCAGCAAAUUAUGCCUGCAAGCGCUUACUGCAAUACAGCGCUAAUUUGUGUACGCAAAUCCAGCUACAGAAAUUCCCGUUUCGAUGUGGGGAGGGGGCUUUUUUCACUUUGAUAUGUUGCGGCAGACGAAAAGAAAGUAGAGUCAAUUACUUCAUCGCUCUCCACCGCCAAGUGCACCACGCUCGCCACCAGCAGCUAUUAUCAUCGGUGCAAACUAUGCAUUGCAAAUAUGUCUGGGUCUGGAAGGGUGCAAGUUUGUGUUGCUCUGCUAGAAUGUCCCGCAUCUGUCAUGUACGAUACCCAAAAGCCCCAAUUUUCUGUCAUUCAAAAACGCAGUUUGUCAUGCUGAAUAGACAACACCUUGCAACUCAGAAACUUGUCACGCUGAGCCGUCAUUUGUGGCGUCUUCAUGAUUCGGCGGCCAGCGACGUCACAAGUUUCCAGACCCAGACGUAUAAUUUGCAUUUGAUACAAACUAGGCACUGACUACGAUCCCCUGAAGAUCACUUUUUGGAAGGGAGCGAAGAAAGGCGAUGCCGAAAAGUAUGCUGAGUUGACAAAAACAGAACCGGAAAACGAGGUGAAGGCUGACUUCUGGAAGACCGAUCUUGGAUUCGCUGCGCUGGACACAACGGUGUCAGCGGACUCUGCCUCGAAGCUGUUUGGGCUCCAGUGCGCAAAUCAUGAUAAAGAAAACGAAUGGAUGUCGUGGGCCUACCAGAACGACAUGACGGGCUUCAACAAUUUCUGGAAGGGCGACAAAUAUGACGUCCUCGAACUGCAGUGGUGGAGGGCCCCGUGCAUCACCAAUUGUUUUUUUGGACAUAACCAAAGGGAUCGCAAAGGGGGUGAAGUGAAAAUUGUCGGCAAGAACUGCGUACCGGCGGAAUCCUCCGGAACGGGUGCAGCAGAUUCAUCAGCUUGCAUGGGCUGCUGAACCUCCAAGACCGGGGGCGACGGAAUCAAAAAUACAAUAUUUAUCGUCCAAGGUAGUAUGUACUAGUACUUUUAAUUAGUACUAGCUAGUACUGUAGAAGAGCAAACCGGGCAGGAAGAUAACAAGUAGGUACCAGGCGCCGACGAGGUGGAAACAAGAUAUGGAAUGUGGAAAAAGAAGCCAAACGAAAAAUUGAGUAUUUCGAUCAUACACUCGCGACACUUAGAGGAUGAAGAAGGAGACGGUGUUGAAAAGUUAUUUCUUGGGAAAAACAUGAAUCGUCGCGGAGAAAAUCAGUUUUUGCCUUGUUGUUUUUGCCGUUUUCUACUUUUUUUGACAUAUUGCAUGGUCGACGGCGUAAUUGGUUUGGAAACCAAUACCAAACCAGUACAGCUUUUUCGCCUGAAGAGGCAAUUAAGUUUAAAGAUGUGGUCCGGUAUUCUUUUAACUAAAUGUAUACAAAGUCAUUUUAUUUUUCCCUCUUUUUCGUUUCGUAUUCGUUUCUCUUUUUCAUGCAUAUUUUCACGUCGUGGUCGUAGUCCUUCUCAAGUACACCAUGAGCACACCACGACGUGAAAACGAAAAGAAAGUUUCAGAUGAGUACCAAGGUAUCCCCUUGUGCUUUUUUGAACCUCCCGACGUGCGGUAACUUAAUUUGAAUAGUUUAGAAAAUAUACGUAUUAAAGUCCCCUGAGAUGACUAGCCUGAGUUGCGAGUUGUAAUACUAUCAUCUCUGCGGAAAAACAAAUCUGAGGUGAAAGAGCAUUCGUUCCUCUUGUCAAAU